UCUGUACUCUGGUGCAAAACUACAAUAUAACCGGUAUUCGACUGGUAUGUAACAUAUCAAUACUUAACUCUACAGUUAUGAAAUUGCCAUUACUUAAAUAUAAAGAUUUCAUAGAGGAAUACCGAAGAUGAAAACUAAUUUAACUUUUAAUAAUGAUAGCAUGGUGGAGGAUAGCAGUAUGAAUGGAAGCGUGGAACAGGUUCGACUCAUAUUACCUUAUAGUGUCAUUCUUCUAUUGGCUGUAUUGGGGAAUGUUCUUGUUAUAGUCACACUAGCUGUCAACAAGAGGAUGAGAACAGUUACAAACGUCUUUCUUCUAAAUCUGGCCAUCAGCGACUUAUUAUUAGGAGUUUUUUGUAUACCAUUCACUUUAACAGGGGUUCUUCUGAGAAAAUUUGUAUUUGGUGCUGUCAUGUGUCGACUUAUUUCUUAUUUACAAGCUGUUUCUGUAAGUGUCAGCGCUUGGACCUUAGUUUCUAUGUCUAUAGAACGUUAUUAUGCAAUUUGUCACCCUCUAAAAUCUCGUCAAUGGCAGACUCUGAGCCACGCUUACAAAAUGAUCGCCAUUGUUUGGUCCGGUUCCCUCAUCUGUAUGUUNAUAUAUAUAUAUAUAUAA